AUGGGUGAAAAAUCUACUAUAAAACGGAUUCCAUCACUAGGAUAUGAUAAGGAAAGUCAUUUUGUCUGCACAUUUCCUCAUAAAAAUGAAGUUCAUCUUUACACUGUUAAUAACCAAAAUAAUUGUUAUUCUUUAACUUGUUUAAAAAGUAAAAUACCUUUUAUUAAAUGUAUUGACUGUUCUCCUUCUCAAAAGAAUAUGGUAGCGAUUGGUAAAACAACGGGUGAUGCAUUACUUUUAUGUUUAGAUAAUGAAAAACCUCCGAUUCAAUUCCCAAUCAAACAACAACGUGCCUGUAAUGCUAUUGCAUUAAAUGCACUUGAAGAUUUAGCAGUGGGACUAGAGAAGAUGAAGAAUGAGCCAUGUAUUAUGAUUUGGGAUAUUCGUCAGGACGUGGAAUUGAAUAAUAAAAUAUCACCAGUUCAGCAACUUGCAAUAUCAGAACCAGUAUUUUCUCUUUCAUACUUUCCAGAUUCACCAAAACAAUUAGUUUCAGGGAUAAAUUUACGAUCAAUCAAAAUAUUUGAUUUGAGAGAAAAAUCAUCUACAUCUAUGAUAACCUUAUAUUCAACGAGAUUUAUACAUAGUAUUACUAUUGAUCCAAAAAAUCCAAAUUAUUUCGCAUCAAUUUCUGAUGAAGGUUUAAUAUCAAUUUGGGAUAGGAGAAAGAGUUCUAAUGGAGAACCUUGUUUAUUAUUAAAUCGAGGAGCAAACCAAUUCUCUCGCAUCAUAGAUCUGAAAUUUACUGGAACAAAGCCUGGACAGCUUUCCGGGCUUUCAAAAGAAGGUAUUAUAAAACUUUGGGAUAUAAACUAUAAUCAUGAUGACUAUAAUGAAUUUAUUUUAUUUAAUGAUAAAAAAACAUCAGAAAUAUCCGAGCCUUCAACACUUAUAAAAAGCAAUCCACUUUCUUUGAUGUAUUUACGUGAAGCAUCUACAAAAUGUAGCGAAAAAAUAAUAUCUUUUGAUUAUAUUCCUAGCGAACCAUACAAAAAUUAUCAAUUUUAUUACAUAAAAUCAGAUAAUAAAAUAGGAAGAUUAAAAAUCCGUUCUUUAUGCGAUACUGUAUCAAUAAAUAGCCUUAAUGAUAUAGUAAUAAGUGAAAAAAUUAAUCUUCAUUUAUCACAGAAAAAUAAUGACACAAUACUGGCAAAAAAUAAAAUUGAAAACGAAGAUAAUAAAAGCCAAGUAUCAGACUCUCUAUCCAUAAAUAUAGAAGAAAAUUUAUCUAAUAAUCAAAUUGAAGAAUCAGAAACAUAUCCUUUAUUUUCAAACUCAAAAAUUGAUCAAGAAUAUGACACAGAAUAUAGUUUUAAUAUACAAGAUAUUUUGGAAAACGAUAUAUCAUAUUUAAUGUACAAAAGGGCAAAGGAUGGUUAUGGAAUGGAGCCAGCAAAAAAUAAAAAAAUUUUAGAAAAUACAUAUCUUCUUGAUUUAUGGACCUGGAUUAAUAAUGCAGAAAAUUUGGCAUUGGAAAACAAAAUGAUUUCAAGUGAUUUUGAUCUAAGUUAUCAAGGAGUGUAUAACAUUUGGCACGGCAUUCCACAUCCUAAUUCAUUAAAAAAAUACGAUGAAAACAAUGAAAAUAGCUUUAAAAAUUCAUAUACUAUUGCGGUAAAAGAAAUAAACAAUAAACUCAAAAACAAUGUUUUUACUUCUGUUACUUCAAAAAUAGAAAUACGAAAGUUGGCCUUAGUAUCUUGCGGAUGGAAUAUUUCUCGUGAAAACUUAGAUGACGAAAUAAAACAACUAGAAGAAAAGGGGUUAUGUAGUAAAGCAGCAUGUAGAGCUUUAUUUCAUGACAACUUUAAUCGCACAGUUCAAGUAUUAUCAAAAGGAACGGAAAAACAUCGUUUAAUGUCAACCGCAAUUGCAGGAUUUUCAGCAAAAAAUAAUACAAAUAAUACGAUGUGGAAAGAAAUGUGUAGAAAAAUGAGUACAGAAUUAGAUGAUCCUUAUCUUCGUGCUAUUUUUGCAUAUGUUUCAAAUGGAGACUGGCGUGAUGUUUUAGAUGAACAAGGAUUACCUUUAAAAGAAAGAAUUGGAGUGGGACUAAGAUUUCUAGAUGACGAUGAUUUUUCUUUUUAUUUAAACGACAUUGUCAAAAAUGUCAUUAAUACCGGCGAUUUAGAAGGAAUCAUUCUUACUGGAAUAAGUGUUAAUACAGUAAAUUUAAUAGAAACAUAUCUUAAUCGUACAUCGGAUAUUCAAACAGCAGCUCUCGUUUCUUCGUUUUGUGUUCCUAAAUUCAUUGAUCAAAGAAUUUUAACAUGGAUUGAAGAUUAUCGUCAAUUACUUAAUAGAUAUAGUUUAUUUUAUUCAAGGGCAAAAUUUGAUGUAUUAAGGAAAAAAUAUUCCAGAAAUUCAGAAGAAUUUUUAAUCCUUGAAAAACCACCACAACAAGUAUAUUUACGGUGCAAUUUCUGUAACAAGAGUAUUACACAUAAACCUAUAACUUCAAAACAUCAUACAAAUAUUCAAAACUCUAAUAUUCCUUCAACUGGAAAUAUUCAGAAAAGCACUCUUUGUCCAGCUUGUAGUAAACCCCUUCCACGAUGCGCAGUUUGCUUACUUUCUCUUGGAACAUCAUGUAAUCUUACUAACAAAAAUAUAAAAGAUCCUCAAGAUUUCGAAAAAUUAUUCGAAAAAUGGUUUAAUUUUUGCUUAUCAUGUCAUCACGUUUCUCAUAACGAUCAUGCAACAAAAUGGUUUGAAACACAUUCAAUUUGUCCAGUAGCAGAUUGUAACUGUCUUUGCCGAGAAAAAGACAGAAUACCUAAAGCUAGCAUAUAAUAUUAACGUUUUAACUUCAAUUUUUAAAAUAAACAUAUAUUUUUAAAACUCGACCUAUCUAUUUGAUUUUAAAAAGAAC